UUCUUUUUAAAUAGGCCCAAAGAUAAAGCCACUUCAUGCUUCUUUAGUCUGUACUCUAUACUCUGUACAUCUCUAGCUCUCUUGCUUUCCCUAUAACUUUACUCCAUAGCCAAACGCUUUUGCAGGAGCGAUCGAGAAAGAUAGAGAGAUCUCUCUCCAUUCUUAUCGCAAGAAGCAACACUGGUUUGAAUUAGUUCAACAUGAUGAACCUCAUACCACUAUCAUUCCUGUCAAAAAUGGGCAUUUAUGACAUUGAAAUACACGGUGCAAACGUUAAGGUAAGCAUAGUCGAAAAUCCUGCUUUGGUUGGUGCUAAGAUGGAUGAGUUAAGAUCUUCGUUACAAACUUCAGAAAGGCUAGUUGUUGGACUCGACGUUAAGUUUGUCGAAACUUUUGGGAAUUUAAAAGAUAUAUGCAAGUUUUUGGUUCUUUGUGUUGGGAGUCAUUGCUUGAUGAUCCAAAUACCCGACCCGGAGAGGAUAUCUGAGACCCUUGGGCAUUUUCUGUCUGAUGAGACUAUUUGUUUUCUGGGUACCGGAAUGAGCAAAAUAGUUUCAGAGCUGGGCAGCUUAAGUUAUUUGUCACUGGUUGCAGGCUCUAUAGGAGCUUUCACCUGUCGACCUGUAAAUUUUAAGACAGGUGUUGAAGUAGGCUUUUUGGCUGCUAAAAUUCUGAAGAAACCGAAUGUUGAAAAUCAUGGAUUAGCGGAGUUGGCAGGUGAAGUUGGAAUGGAUAUAAAGGAACCAAUUGGUGAAUGUCCUGACUGGAAUGCUAAGGUGUUCUCAAAUGAAGAGGUCAAGUAUGCAGUGCACAAUGCCUAUACUUCUUAUGUUAUUGGGAAUAAGCUCUUUGAUAUGCUCUAAGCCUCUAAAGGCCAUCUUGUCUAUGGGUUUGACUGCUUUAAUUCUGUGUUGUUAUAUAUGCUAUAUAUGCUAAUGUUGCAUGUGAUUUGUGUAAUUCGAACUACUUUAAUGAAAUUUCUGGUUGUGUUUGGUUUGUCCUAAA